AUGCUCUGGACUUCAGUAGCAAACAAUACCGGUCAAGAUUCAAUAGCUAUUUUAGAUGCAUAUACAUUCGAACAAUUGUCUGCUUACAAACAUAAUGCAACACUUUUUAUUGACAAAGACACUUUUAUCAAGGUUUUAGAUCAAACAACGUAUCAAUUAGUUGGUGGACGUCAACGAAUUGAAACUGGAACUCUAUGUGGAGAUCGAUAUCAUUUGAAACUACUAGAAUGGCAAAUUGUCGAUAGUAAAAUAUAUUCUAUUCAUAUUAAAUUUGAAGCAUGGAAUCAACAAUAUAAAAUUGAUAUCGAAUACAAAGCACUAGUAAACAAUGAUAAUCCAGGUGGUCGUGGUUUAGGUUUAAAAGUUUUUGAACAAAUUUCUCACUACGAAGCUGUUUUAUAUGGUAAACGGGAAGAAAAUUGA